AUGGCCACCACUUUGCGGCUCAAAUACUCAGAUCCCCUAUACCAAACGGCUCAUGAAGAAGCUUUUUCGAAGCCACUCUUUGAGGAAAUCGAAACUGUCUUACCACCAGACGUGUCCAAAGAAGAAUUCACCUCAGCUCUGGGACAACUUAUCAAUGCUCUAGGAAAGGAUGCUGUUUUUAGCGGACAGGACUUAAGGGAUUAUGUCGAUCCCUACGAGAUCCCCGAGUCUGGACAUAGGAGAAGUGUGCCGAGUGCUGCACUCUGUCCAUCUUCGGUGCCGGAACUUCAAGCUGUAUUGAAGGUUGUAAAUGACUACAGAAUCCCAGUUUGGACAUUCUCAAGAGGAAAAAAUCUAGGCUAUGGAGGACCAGCACCGCGCGUUCCUGGGUGUAUUGCUCUAGACCUGCAUCGGAUGAACAAAAUCCUAGAGGUGAACGAAAAAUUCAGCUACGCAGUAGUUGAGCCCGGAGUAACCUUUGGAGACCUGUACGAAUAUUGCGCGAAAAACAAACUCAAAGUCUGGCCGAGCACGGCAUCUCUCGGAUGGGGAAGUGUCAUCGGUAACACGCUUGAUAGAGGUAUGGGGUUCAUUCCAACCGGAGUACAUCACGAAAACGUGGCCGGUAUGGAAGUUGUUCUUGCGGACGGCGAUGUUGUUCGCACGGGUCAAUUUGCCAUGUCCAAUUCGCCGUCGGCGCAUAUAACGAAGCUGACAUUUGGUCCGACGAUCGACGGGCUCUUCAUACAGAGCAAUCUCGGAAUAGUAACUAAGAUGGGCAUCAACUUAACGCCGCAACCGCAGGCAUACAUGGCAUGUUCUUUUGAUGUCCCGGAAUUUGAGCACAUCGAAAUCAUAACCGAUGUUUUCGGAGAACUUCGACGUAACGGCACCUUACCAUACAUGGUAUACGUCUUUUACAUCGCGGAAUGGGCUACCAUGUUUGGCAAACACUCGGAGUGGUGGGAAGGAGAGGGCCCGAUCCCAGACUGGAGGCUGAAAGAGAUGCAGCAAGAUCUAGAUGCUGGUAUCUGGACCGUGAAAUUCGGGCUUUACGGACCGACGGACCUCAUCAAGGCUCAAUUCGAAGAGGUCCAGCGAGUGGUGGCCAAGGAUGCCCCUGUCGGUCGUCUUCGCCAUACGUUAUUCACCAACGAAAAUGGUGGACUUCUUGAAGCAACAGCUGUUGAUCCAGUCUAUGGUGGAAUUAGAGUGGGAAUCCCCAGCAUGUGGAACAUACCAAUGGUGAACUAUUAUAACCUCCGCAACGACUCGGUUGGGGCACACGGGGCAUAUUCCCCUAUCUUGCCCCUGGAUGGCAAGACCGUACUAGAAUGGGCGAGGACGGCUAAGGGAAUCUGCGCUGAACAAGGCUUCGAUUUUCUGUGCGACUUCUUCAUGCACGAGAGGUAUGCCAUAUUUGUUACCAUGCUUUGCUUUGACAAGACCAGCGAAAAGCAAAGAGUCGGCGUAGAUAAAGUCUUCAACAACCUUUUCGAGCAAGGUAGCAAGCGAGGUUUUGCGAAGUAUAGAGCACAUAUAAACCACAUGGACUUGAACGCUGAUCUGUUCGAUUUCAACAAUCAUGCUUACCGACGUUUCGUCGAGACAUUGAAGGAAUCGUUAGACCCUAACGGCAUUCUGUCGCCUGGGAAACAAGGAAUCUGGCCGCAGAGGUUGAUGCGCUUCAAGCAUCUUCAUUAA